AUGUCUCAAGAAAUUUCAUAUACACCAGCUGUCGCGGAGCUGUUAGAUUUUGAUAAAAAACACAUUUGGCAUCCUUACACGUCAUUGAGGUCUCCAUUGAAUGUGUACCCGGUGAAGAGCGCCCACGGAUGCAAGCUUGUGUUGGAUACCGACUCACCAGUGGACGUAGAGGUGAUCGACGCCAUGUCGUCGUGGUGGUGUGUUAUUCACGGGUACAAUAAUCCAGAAUUAAAUGAGGCUCUUACCAACCAAAUGUUGAAGUUUUCUCAUGUCCUUCUUGGUGGGUUCACUCAUAAGGGAGCUGUGAAUCUAGUUCAAAAACUUUUAAAAGUAAUUGAUGAACCUCCUUUGCAGUAUUGCUUCCUCGCAGAUUCUGGCUCAGUAGCAGUUGAAGUGGCUUUGAAGAUGGCUUUACAGUCAAACAUGUCACAAGAAGCUACGAAAAAUAGGACAAAGUUUUUGACAAUUAAGAACGGGUACCACGGUGACACAUUUGGUGCUAUGAGUGUGUGUGAUCCUGAGAAUUCUAUGCAUCACAUCUACAAUGAUCGGCUCAGCGAAAACAUCUUUGCUCAAGCUCCCUCUAUUGUCGAUGGUCUGCCAACCAGUCAGAAUGGUUUCGAGGACCUUUGGAACGAAGAAGAUGUUAAUGAUCUCAAGAAGCAAUUUGAAUUGCAUAGCGGCGAGAUAUGUGCCGUGAUUUUGGAGCCUAUCCUACAGGGUGCAGGAGGUUUACGACCAUAUCAUCCACAAUUCUUAAUCGAAGUUCAGAAACUGUGUAACCAAUACGACGUUCUCUUUAUCAUGGAUGAGAUUGCUACCGGAUUUGGUAGAACAGGUGAGAUCUUCGCAUUUAAGCACUGCCAAAAAUAUCAGGACCAACGUGGCAUCAGUCCUUCCGAUCAAGUCAAAGUUGUUCCUGACAUAAUGUGCGUUGGGAAGGGCCUGACCAGUGGGUAUAUGACUAUGAGUGCCGUAGUGGUCAACGACAAAGUCGCUUCCAGGAUCUCUUCUCCCAAUAGCCCUACUGGUGGCUGUUUCAUGCAUGGUCCAACUUUCAUGGGUAAUGCCUUGGCAUGCAGUGUGGCAGAAAAGUCCAUGGAUAUACUGCUACGUGGUGAGUGGAGAAGACAAGUGUCUGCAAUUGAAAACCAGAUUUACAGAGAACUGUACGAGUACAUCAAGAACCCAGAUAAUGGGCUCAUUGGAACUGUUGUCAAACGUGUGUCAGUUGUUGGAGCAGUAGGUAUCGUAGAGCUAUACAAGAAGACAGAUCCUGAGUGGUUCCAGAAGAAGUUUAUAUCCAAGGGGGUACAUAUCCGACCUUUCAACUGCCUGUGUUACAUUAUGCCGCCUUAUGUGAUCACAUCAGAGGAAUUGACGCAGGUUAAUCAAGUCUUGAUUGAAGUCCUACAUGAGUGGAAAGCCCACAUAAACCAGUGA